AAAUAAAAAAAAAAUAUAUAAAAAAAAAAAAUGGAAAUAAACGGAAGUAAAAUCAAAGAUAUUUCUUUACACGAAUUUGGAAGAAAAGAAAUCGAAAUCGCCGAAGUUGAAAUGCCCGGUUUAAUGGCUUGCCGUACCGAAUUUGGUCCUUAAUAGCCUUUGAAAGGAGCUCGUAUUUCAGGUUCUCUCCAUAUGACAAUCCAAACCGCAGUUUUAAUCGAAACUUUAUAAAAAUUAGGUGCCGAAGUGAGAUGGUGUUCAUGCAAUAUAUACUCUACUUAAGACCACGCUGCCGCUGCUAUUGCUAAAGUCGGAUCUGCUAAAGUAUUUGCCUGGAAGGGUGAAUCUUUAUAAGAAUAUUGGUAAUUAACUUUCAACACAUUGAAUUUCCCUGAUGGAUUAGGUCCUAAUAUAUUAGUAGAUGAUGGUGGAGAUGCCACAAUGAUGAUCUUGUAAGGUGCAAAAUGGGAGAAGAUAUACGAAGAAAGUAAAUAAUUACCAGACCCUGCUCGUUACGAGACUGAAGACGAGUAAUGUUUAUUCGAAGUAUUAAGAAAAACAAUCCCCGAAGAUCCUACUAGAUGGAGACGUUACUUAAAGGACUUCUAUGGAGUUUCUGAAGAAACUACAACCGGUGUUCACCGUCUUUAUUAAAUUGCAAAAAAAGGAGAACUCCCCUUCCCUGCCAUAAACGUAAAUGAUUCCGUCACAAAAUCGAAAUUCGACAACGUAUAUGGAUGCAGACACUCUUUACCAGAUGGUAUUUUCAGAGCUACUGAUGUCAUGAUUGCAGGAAAAAAAGUCGUCAUAUGUGGAUAUGGAGAUGUCGGUAAAGGAUCCGCAGAAGCCAUGGUUGGAUGUGGAGCUAGAGUUUAUGUGACUGAAAUUGAUCCUAUUUGUGCACUUUAGGCUUGUAUGAAAGGUCUUUAAGUUGUUAAAUUAGAAUCAAUUUUGAAAGAUGCAGAUAUCUUUAUUACUGCUACUGGAAAUAAGGGAAUUAUUAUGGCUGAGCAUAUGGCUUAAAUGAAAAAUAAUGCCAUUGUAGGAAAUAUUGGACAUUUUGAUAAUGAAAUAGAUUAUAAUGGAUUAAUUAAUUGGCCUGGAAUUAAAAAAAUUGAAAUUAAAUCUUAGGUUGAUAGAUUUGUUUUCCCUGAUGGACAUGGAGUUAUAGUUCUUGCAUAAGGAAGAUUACUUAAUUUAGGUUGCGCUACUGGACAUCCUUCUUUUGUUAUGUCUACCUCUUUCACUAAUUAAGUUUUGGCUUAAAUCGAAUUAUGGACUAAUAAAAAUAUUGGUAAAUAUGUUAAUGAUGUAUAUAAAUUACCUAAAGAAUUAGACGAAAAAGUUGCUAAAUUACAUUUAGGAGCUCUUGGGGCUGAACUUACUGUUCUUACUAAAGAAUAGGCUAGCUAUAUUAAUAUUGAUGUUAAUGGCCCUUAUAAAAAUAAUGAUUAUAAAUAUUGAUUAAAAAAUUUAUUUUUUAUUUGCUUAAUUUUAUCUUUAUAAAUAAUUUUUUAAUUAAGAUA